UUCCUUUCCAUCUUCCUCAAAUGUGGUCCAGUCUGUAGUCUUCACCAACUUUUUGUGAGGUCUUAACGCAAUAAACCGAACAAUACAUUUAACUCACCAUGGCGUGGUUAAUGAAACAGCGUGACAACAAAAUCAAGCCCGGACAGAACAUAGAAAUAAUGAGAAAUAGAGGAAGUCUCUCUUCUGCCACUUCUACAAAUUCACUCACACCCUCCCAGCUUGAUGUUGACAUGCUUCACAUGGCGCCUGACAGAUUCCUCGGUCUCUGCCAAGGUAAUCCCAUCACCAAGCGUGGUAAACGCAUUCAGAUGAUGAAGAUGAUAGCAAUAGUCAUGAUCCCUAUCGUGGUACUCCUCGCGCUCACCACCAACGUCUUCGCUACAAAGAUCAACAGCCAUCUUCAAGACACUCUUCUAUCGCGGUGUUUAUAUUUUAGUAUCGAACUCGGUGACGUCCUUCACAAUCUGCAGCGAGAGCGAGACAUGAGCGCUCUCUACGUAAGCGACAUCGCACCAGAACAAGCAAAGAAUCUUCUCAUUCAACGGUACCCACUCAGCGACCGAGCUCUCAUGAACAUGUCCUUCUGGCCAGCGGACAACAAACUAGCCGAAACCAGGGCUGAAUUCACCACGAAGGAGAAGUUCAUGAACUACCUCAACAGACACAGAUAUGAAUUGGAUACUCUCAACACGACUGUAAAAAUGGAGUUAAGUUUCUACGCGGAGGUCAUCCACGUGAUUUUCAAUUGGUUGGUCGCCAGUGUCACUGACGUAGGUUCCGGCUCCGUCUGGAAACCCCUCACAGCGUAUCUGGAACUUAUUUACGCUAUCGAGAAUUUUGGUUUGGAGCGAGCAUACGGAGCUAUAUUUUUCACCCAGGGAAACUUCGACAACAUUGAUGAUUACUUGAUAUUCAUGCAGAGCCAGGAUACGGGAAAUGUCACUUUUGAAUCGGCCAGGUACUAUUCCGAUUUGGUUCAGGAAACUUACGAUGACACCAUCACAGGAAAUGAGCAGUUCUUUCUCAUCGUGAACACGCUGCGCCAGGAGGUUAGGAAUAACAACGCCUCUGAAAAGGGUUCCUUAGACCGAGGGCUUGGUUGGUACGACAGCAUGACACUCUAUAUGGAAAGGUUGCAUCAGGUCCAGAAAACCCUUGCGGUGAAGAUUCUAGAGAUCAUUGAUCAGCAGGAGAGAGAAGAGCUCAUGAAGAUGAUCAUCAUCGCCAUUGUCUUUGGAGUGGUCCUCGUCAUGUGUCCCAUUAUCAUCAACGGGGUGUACGCACUCACAAGCGCCAUGCAGAAAUACUCCAUGACACUGGCUGACAGGACGAAAGCAUUGAACAAGGAGAAGCAGCGCACUGACAUUCUGCUUUACCAGAUGUUGCCGAAACAGGUAGCGGACUCCCUAAAGAGGAACGAGGAAGUAAACGCCACGGCCUACAGCGAGGUCACCAUCUUCUUCUCCGAUAUUGUGGGUUUUACAGAGAUCAGCUGUAGGAGUUCACCAAUUCAGGUGGUCAACAUGUUGAAUUCUCUGUACACCUGUUUCGACUACCGAAUCGGGUUGUAUGAUGUCUACAAAGUGGAAACAAUUGGCGAUGCCUACAUGGUCGCAUCGGGCCUCCCAAAGCCGAAUGGUGAGCGCCAUAGUGUCGAAAUCGCCACCAUGGCACUCAAUCUACUGGACAGCAUUAAUCUUCUUGACAUUCCCCAUCUUCCUGGCACAAAAUUCAAGCUAAGGAUCGGAGUUCAUACCGGAGCAGUGGUGGCGGGUGUUGUUGGGACAAAGAUGCCCAGGUAUUGCCUCCUCGGUGAGACUAUCACAGUUGCUUCAAAGAUGGAGGCACUAGGCAUGCCCGGUCGUAUCCACAUCAGUCAGGUGACACACGAUGCCUUGGAACAACAAGGCGGAUUCAACAUGGCAUUGCGGGAUGACAAUGUUAUCAAGAAUGACCAUGAGCUGAUGACGUUUAAAGGCUCGAUGCGCACCUAUUGGCUCCUCGACUGUGAAGAAAUGGCCCGGGGGCCACCAAAGAACGACAGUAUGGGAGAAAACAUGCUUUCAGAACUGACGUACGACCGAACGCAAUGACAUGGGCCUGGAGCUAGACCUAGACUUAACUCCUUCAUGCAAGUUGCUUGACGCCACCCUUCAUUUAUCAGAACGACCAUGAACUGAUGACAUGCAAAGGCUCAAUGCGCACAUACUGGCUGCCUACUAUGAAGAUAUAACACAGAGGCUACCAAUAAAAGGUGCAUCCAAGUCGCCCUCUACGGGAUGAAGUAAUUUGGGCCGAAAGAAGUGAAUAAUUUACAUCCGACUUUGCUCUAAAAAAUUACAUUCUGGACGCAGUGGUUUCGGCCUGUCCCAUCCCACAAGUGAAAGAUAAAUUCGACGGGGUGCUGCAUCGGGAUCCUACACAAAAUUAACUUGGUGGCUGCAUCUGGGUGAUGGAACUACAUGUUUGGUCGACCAUUUUCUUGACCACCCCAUGUUAGUAGUAAAUGGAUUACCCAAGCUGAGGCGCUCAAGACGAAAUCGUAGUCGAGACUUUGAUCAAUGAUAGUUCGAUAUAUAUUUAACUUCAAUAUGUUAAAGUACUAUAAAUACAUAUAUGAAUGAAUAGAGAAUUAACAUUCUGCAACGUUAUUACAAGGAGGGUAAGUUUUGGCGUUAUUGGCACCGAUGGAUUUGUACUUGGUAAAAAAGCAAGAUGCUGACGAUAUUGUUCGAUCAGAAAGAUAUAUAUGUUGUCACACCACUAUUGAAUGGCUAUACAUGUACACGGUUUUGAAAAAAUGUCGUUCUAAUGUGCUUGAUACUCCCUACCAGAAUUACGAAGACUCUUCCUUAUCCCAAAUCGGCCAUCAUGACAAACCGAGGGCAUUGUUUUGUAUCAGUUUGUGGAUUUACUGAGAUUUAAAGAGAAAAAAGUGAUAUAUAAACAAUGUUGGUCAUGAUGCAAUGGUAGGGUAGUUUACGAUGUAUUUCACUUCAAAAUACCGUGCGAAUGAAUUGUUAAUAAAGUUAGGGACCGGUCAUUUAGUACGGAGGCACAUUUUAUGAAUUUCAGGACUACCUCCCCACUGUACGGAAGCGUACCCGAGCGUACGCAAGAGCCCAACGUAUCACCUGCGUACGCACGUAAAAACGAUCGCCAGUCAGUACUGGUGUAUGUACAUG